AUGUCGCAAGCUCGCUUUGCAUCGUGUAUUCCGCUGCCCAUUGAGCAUAAAGCAUUAGUGAACGUGAUAGAAAAGGCUAGAGACUGGGGUUUAAUGCAUGGAGUAGCCAUGAGAGAUAAGAAGCAUUUCAACAAAGAUGUUAUUCAGGUUGCACCAUUUGUGUUACUGCCAUCACCAUUUCCAAAAACGGAAUUUGAGAAAGCUGUUGAAUUACAGCCAAUACUAAAUGAACUAAUGCAUAAGGUGGCGCAUAAUGAUGAAUUUUUGGAGCAUACAUUGCAAAAUGCAUUGCAAGUUGAUGAGUUUACGAAGAGUUUAUACGACAUAUGGGUGAAAGUACGCAAUGAGGGCAUAACACAGCCGAUAUCACUAGGGAUGCUGCGCUCCGACAUUAUGCUGGAAUCACGCUGUCCACACACCGAGAACCAGUGUGCUAAGCACACCCCAUACUGCUCCUGGAAGCAGGUGGAAAUCAACAGCAUCGCGUCAGGAUUCGGACACCUUGGACCCGUUUCCAGAGAAAUACAGAGCUAUAUUCUGAGACAGCUAGGACAUCCUGACUUAAUUAAAAAUAUGCCUGAGAAUAAAGCUCUGUCGGGCUUGUGUUCCGGUAUAACUGACGCGUACGAUCUAUUCGGCGUACCAAGCGCGGUGAUACUCUUCGUUGUCGAAGAGGUAUCAUACAACAUUUGUGACCAAAGGUUCCAUGAGUUCGAAAUUGCUGAAAAGAGACCCGAUAUUAUGAUUCAUAGGAAAACGUUGAAUGAGAUUUUUGAAGAAACGACGUUGAAUGACAAGAAACAACUUAUUUUGGAUGGUCGUCCAGUCGCCGUAGUGUACUACCGGUCCGGCUACGAGCCCGCCCAGUACCCGUCCCAGAGGGAAUGGGACGCGCGACUCAGAGUCGAAAGGUCCACGGCUAUCAAAUGUCCGUCGAUUCAGUACCAGUUGGCUGGUACAAAGAAGGUUCAGCAAGCGUUGGCCUCGCCCGGCGUAUUGGAAAAGUUCAUGGGAUCCGGACCAAGCACUUCCCGUGUCAGGGACAUAUUCACCGGCCUUUAUUCCUUGGACUUCGACGAGAACGGCGAGAGGGCAGUCGAAAUGGGACUCAAAGACGCCGAGAAGUUCGUACUGAAGCCGCAGCGUGAAGGCGGUGGCCAUAACGUGUACGGCGCGGAAGUGCGCGAGGCACUACAGCGCAUGCGUCACAGCCGGGAGCGAGCCGCUUACAUUCUCAUGGAGAGAAUCCUACCUCCACUCGUACAAGGUUACGUGAUACGCCCCGGUGCAACAAUGCCGCCCCCAGUCGUCGAUCUAGUGUCCGAACUCGGCAUCUUUGGCGUUAUCAUCGGAACAAGUGAGAAGAUAUUCCAUAAUCGCCAGGUAGGACAUAUGCUUCGCACGAAGCUAGCGGACGCCGACGAAGGCGGGGUAGCCGCUGGUCUUGGGGCCUUAGACUCUCCCUACUUAGUAGACAUGUAA